UUCAUUACAAAAAUCGAAAGAAAUGUGUAAAUUGUAAUUCAAGUGACCGAUUUUCUUCUUAAUAAAGCCGUUCCAUAACCCUCGCUGCGUUGUCUCUCCUCUCUCUCUCUCUCUCCAACGAACUGUGUGAAAAAAACGAGAGGAAACUGAGACAAAAAACCAACAGAAAGUAACAAAAAGAAGCAAAUCCUCCAAAAUCCAUAUCCAUUCCUACAGUUUCCUUCACCACACAAACACAAUUGAUUCUGUGUCAAUUGGUUGCGGCAUUUUUCUCUUUGUUUGAGGCGUUUCUGGAAUGGAAGACAGCGGUGGUGGUCGGAGCCGGCGUAACGAGUUGGAUGAAGAAACUAACGCUCCACCUGCACCAGCUAGUUUAACGCUCGGUGGAAUCCUGUCGAUCAAGCAGACGCCGCCUUAUCGGAUCCAAGAUCGUACUCUACUGGAUCUUAUACGCGAUGAUCAGACUUGUGGAAAAGAACCGAAGACGACGUGGAAGAUGAUUAGAGAGAAACUCCGGCUCAAACUCGCUGGUUCAGUCUGUACAACCACCGCCCCUACUCUCGCCUCUCUUGUCCCCAUUACCACAGAGAGCAAUCGUCUGUCGACGCGACAUGGUUCGACUCAGCGGAACUCCACCGACGAAUCAACGUGGCAGUUGAAUUCACCGCAGGUAACUAACUCUAGUAACAUACCGGAAACGCAAACAGCCAGGGUACAAACUGACCCGCCGGUGGAGGAAAGUGAGCAAACCUCGACGGAGGAAAAUCGGGGCGCCGGUGGAGAAGGAGAACCGGCGGCGGCGAGGAUGUCGUUGAUGUCGCUGUUGGAAGUGGAUGGAUCUGCGUAUUUGGAUUAUGAAGAAGAAAAAGAGGCGGAGGAGAUGGAGGAGGAGGAGGAGGUGGAAGAAGGCGGUGGUGGUGGAGGAGGAUACAAGUACAACAACUGCUGCGUGUGCAUGGUAAGACAUAAGGGCGCAGCAUUUAUUCCCUGUGGGCACACUUUCUGCAGACUCUGUUCAAGGGAGCUUUUUGUUCAAAGGGCUAGUUGUCCAUUAUGCAACAAUCUGAUCUUGGAAAUUCUUGAUAUCUUUUAGUUUAAAAAACAAAAACAAGAAAAUUAAAUUCUUGUUCCAUGUGAUUUUUUUUUUUUACAAUAUCUCUAGUACAUUUAGUCCAAUUAUGUAAAGCAUUUAUCUCACACUGUUCAAUGUUUAUUUAUUUAAGGACAUUUUUAAACA